AUGAAUAUGUUGGAUGAUGAAGAUGACCAAAGCUUUCACGCUACGCGUGACGGCUACUCCCAUUUGAGCGAUGUCGAAUGGGAUGCGGUUGAACGGAUGGGUUCGACCAUGGGCAUCCAUGCUGUUAGCGUCAUGCUAGAGGCUCUCAAUAGAGAUGCCCAACAUGCUACGAUCGCCAAGUUCAUUCAAAAUGAACUUGACGCUGAACUCGAGAAAGUAGCCUUGCUUCACCAACAAGGUUCUCAACAAGCAGAGUUGUUGAGAGAACAGGGUGCUCAACAGUUUGAACUGUUGAGACAGCAGCAGGCUGCUGCUGGUGGGUCGAUGCACUCGCGUCGACCCGAAACCUUGAAGAUUGACAUCUCCAAGUAUAGGGGGGUCGAAGAAGACUCCCUCUUGAGAUGGUUCGUCGAAUUGGAUGACGCCAUAAGGGCGCGUCGCAUCGACGACGGGGAUAUGCAAGUUGCAUUUGCCCAGUCAAAUCUGGCAGGACGUGCCAAGACUUGGGCACUGGGGCUCAAGUUGCACGACCCAUAUGCGUUUGGGUCGUUGGAAGUCUUCAAGUCGCGGCUCAGAAAAACGUUUGAACCGCCUAGAGCUGAGUUCAGUGCUCGAACCAAACUCUUGAAGCUCAAACAGGGUAAGCGUGAUGUGCACGCUUACGCGCAACAUAUACGACAUCUCACGAGUUGA